AUGACUACUGUGAGAACUAUUAUUGCCAUUGCUGCAUCACAAAAUUGGCCUCUUCAUCAAAUGGAUGUCAAAAAUGCUUUUCUUCAUGUUCAACAAGUGAGUCAAUUUAUGCAGGCAUCACACCAUCUACAUUUGGUGGCUGUCCGUCGCAUCAUUCGAUAUCUCUUGGCAACAUCUACUCAUGGAUUAUUCUUUCCUAGUGGUUCUAAGAUUCAACUUAAUGCAUUUAGUGAUUUUGCUUGGGCUGGAUGUCCUGAUACUCGUCGCUCCGUCACGGGUUGGUGCAUGUUUCUUGGAGAUUUCUUGAUAUCUUGGAAAAGCAAGAAGCAAGACCGUGUAUCAAAAUCUUCCACCGAAUCUGAAUAUUGA